AACAUUUUUCAAAUGAAAGCAUCAGCAGCUACAACAACGAAUUCACAGUACUCUUGUUCAACUUUGAUGGUGGUUGUACUCGUGCUCCGCCGGGUUAUGUGACGCAAUUUGAUUCUUUGCGUCUGGAUAUUACCGCCAGGCGUUCCCAUUCAACGAUUUGACGAAACUGGAAGAGACAACUGGGGGCAACAUGGCAAAAAAAAAUUGGUCUGAUGCUGAGUUAGACUCUUUCAUUACCAUUCUGAGUCAAAUUGACCGAGACAAACUCCAAUGGGAAGACUUUGAAUAUGUCUCAGUUGGACUGAGGGAUCUUGGUUUCACACGAGAUGCCAAAAGCUGCGAUUCAAAAUUUUCUGUAAUGAAGAGAAAUCACACAAAUCCUGCAUGGUGCAAAUUUUUUCAUAACAUCGUUAACAGAGAACAAGAGUUAAAGAGAAGACAGAAUGAACGUCGAGGUGUUGGUGGUGCUGACCGUAGCCCAGGUGGAGCUGACCGUAGCCCAGGUGGAGCUGACAGUAGCUUUGACAACUUUGACUCGUGCCCUGCCACCCCGGCCUCUGCCUACCCCCGAAGUCCUGCACAUGACGUCACACAGUUACUUGAGAAUCUAAAUCUCGAUACAGGCGGUGCUGGAGGCGUGAAGGAGGAGGUGCUGGAGGCGCCACCACCUUUCACUACUCCUCCGGGUCCCACCGCUCACAGGAACCCCCAGCGCACAACAGCUCAGCAGCUGACAGGCGCCAAUGGGCAUGAUGACAAAUUUUUCAAACUCUUUCUUAAUGACCGAAACUGGAAUGGAGUCACAGAUGUGUUGAGGAAAUUACCAAAUUUGAGCCCCCGAGCCUUGAAGGAAACUGCUCGCAUGGCUCUUGAAGAUGAUCAGUACGAAGUUGUUGAACUAUGUUUGUUUUGGUUGCAAAUACCAGAAGAGACUUAACCCCCUAAGAGUUAAUCUUCCCUGGAUGAAAGAUAAAGUAACAUUUUUACCUUUGGGAUAGAAGAAUAAAUUGUUAGGUACACUGUGGUAAAGUGAGCAGCAGCUGCGAUAAACUCCGGUGUCACAGCACAAGCCUGGAUGGCGGCAUUCACAUUGGAUUACAGUCGCGGGUUACACAUAUGGUUCCAUUACAAAAUUUACACUCUGAAAUUAUACUAAGCGUAUCUAAGGCAGUUAAUAAGUAAUACAAUAUAAAAAACCACAGUGAAUAAUGAGAAAUAUCUUAAUAUCUUGAGCUGAUACAAUAGUUAUAUAGCAAGACAGAUAGUAAUGCUCUUAUAAGAUGCUGAGACUGUCACAUCUGUUACAAUAUUAACAUAAAUUUGCUAGAGAGAGUACAAUCUUAACCUGUUACAAUAUUAAUUUGAUUAGUUUAUAAUAAUACUAAGUAUAGUCUAUCUAAUAUAGAAUACUAAGUAUAGUCUAUCUAAUAUAGAAUACUAAGUAUAGUCUAUCUAAUAUAGAAUGCUAAGUAUAGUCUAUCUAAUAUAGAAUACUAAGUAUAGUCUAUCUAAUAUAGAAUGCUAAGUAUAGUCUAUCUAAUAUAGAGUGGAUAGUAGUAGUAAACAAUAUUGAUUUGGUAAAUUUAUAAUAAUUCUAAGUAUAAUCUGUAUAAUAUAAAGUGGAUAGUAGUAGUGGUAUAGACCAGGGUGGAAACUAGGUUUUCUUGCCUUAUAUAUAUAUAUAUAUAUAUAUAUAUAUAUAUAUAUAUAUAUAUAUAUAUAUAUAUAUAUAUAUAUAUAUAUAUAUAUAUAUAUUAUGAUGAGUUUAGGUGGAUAUAAAUAGGGGUAAUGCGUAUGGGCCAAUAGGACUUAGAGGUGACAUGAUUGGCUUAACAUAUAUGAUCAGUAUGGGUGGAUAAAAAUAGGCGAUGAUGGGUAUGGACUAAUAGGCCUUCUGUAAUUUCCUUUAUUCUGUAUUUACCGAAUUAAACUAAUAUUAAUUGACACAAAAAUAAAUACCGAAUAAUUUAAUUCAUUCUGCAUUAAUUUACAUAAUUAAUUAAUACAGAAUUAUGUAAUUAAUUACAGAAUGUAUUACAAUCAAAUCAGUAGUUUCGUUUAUUCUAGUACUCAAUAGGCACUCUGACUAGAUCCUAAAUUAUACUUGGUGCUAAUAAGUAUUAUUUAACUAUACCCUUGACAAAUAUUUACUUAAAAUAAGCAAUCUUUAAACAGACACUGUCAAAAUAUAUUUGGUAUUAAUAUACAAUCUUUAACUAACUGAAAAAUAAUUGUAAGCCAUAAACGAACUCUGAAAAUUUGCCGACUGCAACCACGUAUUAUGGAGUUUCAUAAAAAAAUGAGAAUUAUAAUCGGCUGUCGAUGUCAUGCAUCGACAAAUUAAGGAGAUGGAAACUAGCUUUGGGAAAUAAGAAAAAAGCUGGUUUCCGUCCUGGUUUAUACUACUGAUAGUUUGGUAGUCUUAUAAGAUUAUAGUAGUAAGAUAAUUAUUCUUUAUAUGUGUAUUGGAUUUUCCUGGGAGCCUAUGGGAAUCUAUUAUAUUUAAGCAUCUUCAUUGUAAUAUAAUAUAAAGUGUUGUUGGAGUUUAUGUUUGAGCAAUGAAAGUGUUCAUGAAUCUUGAAGACUGGGAGACUGGUCCAUAUAUGCAACCGUCCUCAAACCAAAUCCAUUACCGAGAGAAACCACACCCGUCGUCCCCUCAAACCACCUGGAGAGUUAUCUUGAUAUUUGUGAUAUUCUGAAAGCAUAUUACGGUUCCAUAAUAGUCUACAUGUAAACUGGCAAAUGAACCAUUGUCAUAAACAGAGACUAUUCUCUGUUUAUGACUAUUUAUGACUAUCUAUGACUUUCAGAGACUAUUUAUAAUUGUAAUAUAAUAGAAAUCGUUGGUUUAAAAUAUAAAGUAUAUGCUGAAAAUGUUUUCUUUGAAGAAUU